AUGGAGCUUACACUCACUCAGGCCGCGGACAUCGCGAUUGUGUCCCAGUACUAUCCUCCAGUCUCGGCGAGCGCCAUCUCGUGCGCCAUCAGCAACUUCAUUCCCUAUGCAAGCAACUUCCCCAACUCGAAGGCGCGGCUGACGCCUGGCAAGGACAUUGUCGCGCCGCUGCAUCUCGAAUGCUUCUUAAUGAUCCGCAAGUGCCCCAAAGACCCCCAUGGCACGCCUCUUCUUGUGGUGAUCUCUUUCACGAACCAGUAUCCACAGCAGACGCCGUCUGCCGUACUUGUGCCGCCACCUGGUGGCGAGGAGAUCAAGCCCGCAUACUCGAUCAUGUCAAAAGACGGACGCAUUCAGCUGGAGUGCUUGUCGUUUCUGCGCGGGGUCGAGCGGCCGUACGCGUUGCUGGACAUCCUUCUCGCGAUUCGCGAGCAGUUUGAGCUCGACUAUCCCCUUGUAGAAGUGAACUAUAGCCCUUCUGCACCAGCGGCGAGUGAAGCAGCCAGCAUGCAGACUACCUCCUUGAACGGCGGGGAUCCGGCGCGUCAGUCGCUGGUGCAGGAGGCGGCGGAGCGUGUGGUGAUCGAUGUGAAUGAAAAAGCGAGAGGAUACCUGGACACACGUGAGCAAGCUCUUCAGUAUCUGCAAAAACUGAACGAGUCGAACCGGGAGCUGCAAAAGGCUAAAGCGAUUCUCACCGCUCACCACGACGAGCUUCAAGGGUACUUACCAAGCGUAGGGAAUGUCAGCUCACUGCUGCGGCAGCUCGACGGACGUACGGACACGGUAGAGGAGCACGCUAACUGCCUUCUUCCUGCUGAUCCGCUGCAGGCGCGUGCGCUAGAACUCCUGGCAGAGAUUCAUGCCUCCGAUGACACGCUAGCGCUGCUCGAAGAGGGACUGAAGCGGGAGUUGCUGACCUGUGACGAGUACGUCAAGAAGGUCUCCGAUGUCGGACGGGAGCAGUUCGUGUCGCGGCACCUGUACUUACGAGUCUCUGAAAGUCUAUGCAAGACGAGCCUCGGCGCGGCGGCUGUGACACCCGUUUCCACACCCCCACCCCUCCAGUCACCUCACACCCCUCCAGAGGUGCCGCAGCGAUUAGCACCGACGGAGGCCCUCCGAAUCGAAUUCCCCUCGGCUGAUGUGGAUGUGAUUCGUGACGUUUUGGCGUCCGUAAACGACGACGUCACAAUCGCCCGGCAACAGCUAAAAAUAAUGUUUCCCUGA